CACUGAUCAUCCUGCUGCGAUACUCCCUCGUUCCUUGGGCCUAAUAACAAUGCAAUUCUGCUGCCUUCCGGGGCAGGCCCAUUGCAAACUCUUCUUCCUUCCGGCACUAUAUCAUCGCCUUUGCCCUUAAGCUCGAUUAGCUGCAGCCUAGAAUUUUUUGUGACCUGUCUGCUACAUUUGAGCAACAUUAUCUGCGAACGAUACCACUACAGGGCGUUGAUUUCGCUGGGCCCUUUUAUAUAUAAUCAACAAGCCUAUCCUAUACUCCAAUUCCCCCAGCCCCCUCAAAGCACGUGUCAUCGACUUUCAGGAUGGGUUUUGGCGGCGUCCUCCUCCGCUUUACGAACCUAGCUGUUCGAGUCCUCCAAUUUCUUGAUGCCGCAGUCAUCCUUGGGAUUUUCUCGUAUUUCCUAGCAGUUCUGGCCCGGCAUGAUCAGACGAUUCCCCAGUGGAUGAAGGCCGUCGAAGGUCUAUCGGGUGCAGCAACUCUUUACGGUAUCCUGGGCAUGCUUUUGACCUGCUGCCUAGGCGGGGUCACUUUCUUUGCUGCCGUGGCCGUCCUCCUCGAUAUUUGCUUCGUCGGAGCCAUGAUCGCUAUCGCCGUUAUGACCCGCAAAGGCACCCAGAGCUGCUCCGGCAACGUCACCACUCCUCUGGGUUCAGGUUCUAGCAACAUCGACGACGCUCAAACGCACGUGCGACUUGGCUAUGCUUGCUUGCUCGAGAAGGCUGUAUUUGCUGUUGCCAUUAUUGGGAUCUUCCUGUUCCUGAUCUCCAUCCUCUUCCAAGUCCUACUCGCCCGCCACCACAAACGGGAGAAACGGUUCGGUCCCUCUCCCGCGAACGGCUAUACUUAUGGUACUGGCACGCAACGCCGCGGCUUCUUCUGGCGCCGCAACAAGACCAACCCGGAGACCGCGAGUGCGGAUGACAUGCUCCCCAACCAUCCGACUCCCCGGGACGUUGAGCUAGGAGCCUCCCCGACGGAGAAGACCAACGGCACCGGUGGUUUGUUCACGCGCAACAAGAACACGGCGCCUGAGGCUGCAGCUCCUCAGGGCUACGGUUAUGGCAACUCUGCUUAUUCGGCCAACUACUAGAUACGCUUGACUAGUGUCUUUUGUGCUGGCCGGCGUCACAGAUCUACUGUGCGGUGAAAGCUUGGCGAAGGAGAUUGAACUCGGCUGCUUUCUCAAGAACACGAUGAAACGAAACCACGGAUUGAAUAUGCAGUAAAUAUAUCUGGUAUGGCACCUAUUCAAUCAGUAAGUCUGGGCUCGCUUUUGGACGGUCAAUGAACCUUUGGCAAUGAGCAAGGCGGAUGAGUGAAAUGACAACAUGCAUAAUUAAUUUGGAAGAUACCACGGAAUGAUCAAAGCUGGCUUGUGCGGAUACCCAGGCAGCGCGGACUUUAUGUCUUAAUGCUCAGCUGGCUAUUAUAUAAUAAUGAUCGUGUUGGAGUUUUGUUCCUCUUGCUUUUUUGGAUCUUUAUUUGAGUCGAGGCGUGCUUUGAGAUUACUGAUAAAGAAUGCGCGGACUGCGCGAGGCUUAGGUUCAAUUGAAUUUAGACUCCAAUUUACUUGACUAUACUUCCA